AUGGAGAUCGCCCCCGGUGACCCUGCCAUACUCUACACGGGUCCUGAAGGGCUUCUUCUGUGCCAAAUUCCUGAAAAGCAGGGAAUCAUUGGUAACAAGCAGCAAGCGGCCAACGCAGGGGACAAGCGCCUCUUGCACCGAAAGGGAGAUAUUUUUGACCUCUGUAAGGUUAUAGGUCGACAAUAUGGCCAGAAGUUCUUCUGGGACUCGGUUGCUGAUCGCUGGUCGGUGUUACUCCAGCCCACCGGAGAGUUGAUUACUCGGACCGUUACUCACCGCACCCAGAUAUUGUACCGAGCUGACAUAUCGUUGGCUGUGAUGCUUCUGGACCUUUACCCAGGAAAGCGCGUGGUUGAAUGCGGGACGGGUUCAGGUUCCCUAAGCUACACGUUAGCUACGACAGUAGCGCCUACGGGUCACGUGUUCACCUUCGACUUUCAUAACCAGCGGAGGCAAUUUGCAGAAGAAUUUUUCAGAAACUGUAAGCUGACGGAAUACAUAAGCGCGUACGAUCGUGAUGCGUACGCUCCUGGCGCAUUCCUUGUGGAGGGUGCUGUCUGGGAAUCAUCCAUAGACUCGCUGUUUUUCGAUUUACCAUCGCCAUGGGACGCUCUCGAUAACGCAAAGGCCGUCCUUAAGAACUUCGGCAAACUAGUGACCUUUUCACCAACUGUGGAGCAAUCUCAGCGCAUUUCUAAGGCUAUGUCCGAAUCAGGCUUCAUUGGUGGGUACCAUACUUGCAUGCCGUCAUUACGAUCAGAAAUAAAGACGUUUGAAGUCCUGUGCAAGCCUUGGGGCAUCGGUUUCGACGAUGCGGGCAACUUUUCCUGUUACCAGCUGGCGCAGGAGCGAGACGACUAUGCUGUUUAA